UGUUAAUCAUUCAUUAGUUUUACAACCGGCGCGUUUACUGUGCCAUACAGCCAUUGCCAAUCAGCUGUUAUUACCAGCGUACGCAAGCACUGGUUGCAUACCGAUUAAAAUAUCUAUUGUUGGAUUCUGCGAAUGCAUUCAAUUGCUAAAAUAUUGUACGCUCUUCGUGGCCAAUUGUCCCGCUUUGUGCAACCGGCGCCCCCGGCUACCUGUGCAAUUGUCUACCUGUGCCGAAUGACAAGUGUGCGAGCGUGACAAAGGGUUCGGAGCCGGAUGACAUUGAAGGAGUGAGCGAAACAAGCUAACAUUGUGCGCCGGCCGGUCCGCGUGUGCUCCCUUCUCUGCGAGUGUGAGAAAGAGAGAAAACCAUCAAAAGUACGGCGUACGAAUGAUGCAGUGAGAAGACAGUCACUAACGAGCGGGGCGUGGUGGUGUAUUGUGGAGUGCGGUGGAGUGUGAUGAAAGAAAUUACUCCACCACACCACACGCACACUUGGUGUUCCGGUAAUCCCCCGCCCGCGUAACCUUUCUGGGCACGUUUCCGGGUGUCGUGAGUCCCUCCAGAUUGAUUCUUCCGAUAACGAGAACGGAACCGAAAUUGUACCAAAACACCUUUAAUGCCACAACCGUGUUACAGUUAAAGCCCCCUUGCCAUCACCGUUCGAGCGUGACCGGGAAAUUCCAAAAUUCCGUGCGACGCUGGAAGUGGAACCGAGUGUUGGAACUGUGUUCGUGCGUUUGGCGGUCGUUAGUGUGCAGAUUUUGAAGUCUCAAGAACGACGGAAGUGGUGGAAGAAAGCAUCGUCAUCGUCAUCAUCGUCUUCUCUCGACGCGCCGGCACGAGGACGAGGAGAAAUUUCCGACAAUCGUCGAACGGUUUGACAGACUUCGUGUGAUUUGACAGCUUCACAACACGCAGCACAGCCUACUAGCGGAUAUUUAUUAUGUUUGUUUGAUGGUAGUAUACGAACGUCCACAAACACGCGGUGCGCUAGUGCUUGACUUAACCGGGGACACUUUCCUCUUGUGCUUUUUUACCGAAAACUAAAUUCCACGUGUUUUGGCGAGAAUACACUUCAGGUUGCGUUUCGUGAGAAUGGUGAUGUUGAAGAAGAAAAGUCUGUGCCAUAUUACCUACUGACGAUAGUGCAGUAAGUUGCAGGCUGUGUAUGCCGCAAUAUGAUGUGAAAAGAGAUAAACCUCUGGUGCAUAGGAAAAAUUCUUUAGGUUCGCUGCUGUUUUAAAGGACCUUUUCCCAACCGCUGCCCGCCACCGGAUUUGCCAGUAAAUUUGUCAAAUUUAAUUGAGCGCUCGUCAACUUCCUUCCUUCACAAUGAGUACAAGGAGAUAAAUGAGGAAAAAUCUACGUCUGCCGAUUUCUUCCCGGACGGAUAUGAUCCUGUACAUUCGUCAAAUGAGAUGAAAGUGUAGCGAACGAUGGAACGUUUCUCAAAUUGACGCCAACACAACAACGCACAACGCAAACCGGCGGAAGGACAGAGUUUUCGUUUGACACUUUUUCAGGGAACAACGAAAACCAAGAAGUAGUUCGGGUAAAAGCACAAGAGAAGGAAAACCCCCUCCUAAUUCGCAGCGGAUCGCAAUUGACACAAAAUGCAAGAGAACAGCGUUACGGUAGUUCCAGUAUCGGGCGUAACGGCAUCCGGGCUGGGCAGUGCGGUGGUGGCCGGGGGUACCAGCGGAAUCAUCGGCAACACGGUCAACACCAACAACACCAGUAGCAACAGCAGCAGCACCAGCAGUAAUAGCAAUGGCAGCAGCGGCAACACCAAUAGCAACAACGGACCUCCUGGCAGUGGGCCAGUAGUACCGUCGACGGCGGCAGGCUCCGGCGGCGGCGCGACCACGAUCUCACCACAUGGCCUCAGUGACAUCGACCAGGCGCAGUUCGAGGCCGACAAGCGGGCGGUUUACAAACAUCCACUGUUUUCCCUGCUGGCACUGCUGCUGGAGAAAUGUGAGCAGGCAACACAAGGCUACAUUCCCUCCUCGUCUUCCGCAUCGAGUCCGAACGGGUCCACCAACAACGGUACCGGCGAUGGAGACAGUUUCUCCCGCGACAUUCAGGCCUUUGUACAGCUACUAGAGAAGGAAAAGCGUCCACUGCUGACGAACAACAGCGAGCUGGAUGGGCUUAUGAUAAAGGCACUGCAGGUCCUGCGAAUACACCUGCUCGAGCUGGAAAAGGUGCAGGAGCUGUGUCGGGACUUUUGCACGCGCUACAUUGCCUGCCUCCGGAGCAAAAUGCAGUCGGAGAACCUGCUCCGCUCGGACUACGCCCUGGAGCACAACAACAACCUGUCGAACUCGAACAGCCCUAUCAACAGUCCGGAGCAGGAUCUCUCGGGGAGUGCACAAGGGUACUAUCAGAACGCAGACUAUCUGCAGGGAAGCGACACCAGCGAGUACAGCAAUAUGCAAGGCAAACGAGAUAUGUUGAGCAGCGGACUUUGCAGUUCCGGCUCGCAACAUCCUCUUCCAUCGCCACAACCAGGAUUGCUGCAAGAGCAAUCGAAUCCUUUACAUCCUUUCCAUCAACAUCACCAUCAAGUGCCAUCCUCAGUCGCUACGUCCCUCGCAGAUCUCCCCCAUCCGGUGUCUCCAAAUACAUUGCUUCGUCCGUCCAGCGACCUGGUACCGGAAGAAUCCGUCAACCUAGCAGCUUCCGUAGCACUCGGUUGUGGUGUUGCUAUCCCGGGGCUUCCCAGUUUGGCAACGCUGGAAGCCGCCGGCCCUAUGCUCGCCACUGCCGCAGCCGCUAUGGCAUUCCAGCACCAACAACAUCAGCAUCAUCUGCAUCAGCAGCAGCAGCAGCAACAGUAUGAGCAAACCUUUGCCGGUACUACGCUCCCCGGUAUGAUCGGAUGUCCGCCGGCGAUCGCUCUUACCUCUCCGCUCGACGUGUACGCCGGGCAGCUUUCGCCCUGCGGUAGCUCCGAUGAGCUCGACUCCGAGCUGGACUCACCGGACGGCGACGGAGAUUCGUCCUCCGGGAAGCGCCAAAAACGGGGCAUCCUCCCCAAGCAUGCCACUAGCGUAAUGCGGGCCUGGUUGUUUCAGCAUCUAGUCCAUCCCUAUCCUACUGAGGAUGAGAAACGGGCCGUAGCAGCGCAAACCAACUUAACCUUGCUGCAGGUGAACAAUUGGUUCAUCAAUGCUCGACGACGUAUUUUGCUUCCGAUGCUGGAGAAUGCUUCCGAUAACUCUGGCGAAUAGGAGUUUCACCCCCGUUGUCUCGGAGAACAAAACCGCUCGAAGGAUAUUGCCAAUGUCGAUGUCGGCUGCGUUGAGCUCUUCCUGCAUCACCAACUUUUGCGGCUUUCAUCCCACAAUCAAACCGUGGAUCGAACGGAUCGGCCUUCAAUGCUUAUCAAUCCGAGCUAAAGGUAGACCCCUACCUAUGGGAAUAGUUUUACAAACAAAAACGGAAAACAAAAACCUGCCACGUGGUUACGCUGUGGCACUAAGGCGUUGUUCUGCAAACAAUUGUUGUCCUAUCGUAUUGAUUAUGAAGCCCCCUACCCUGAAGGACGUGGUUUUUUUUAAAGUGUUUGCAAACACAUGCACGGUGGAAACAAAGACUGAUUGCAUGGUAAUGACUCGCAACAGCUGCUUCCUUGUGCCUCCAAUCCUUCCAAUCAACCAAACCAAACACAAUUCCUAAUCCUCCUACCCCGUUCCAAAGGGGGUCAGCUUUGUGGAGGGCGAGAAAUUGCAGCAAUCAAUAGGUAAACAGUGCCAUGCUUUGCAGUUCUGGAUCCGAGCGAGAAGUGGUCAAAAAGGGUGGCCAACGCUUGUUCUCGUUGUGAUUUGAAUAGCGAUGCAAUUUAUAAACAAAUUGAUCACCCCCCUCGGCAAAGGCGCCAACGACGAUUGAAAGGACCAUUCGUUGUUGAACAAGUGACUUUGGUCACACCACCGUCUACAGUUUUUUUUCCUGUGUUUUCUCGAAUCGGAGUGUUAUUAAUUAACGCGAGUGCAAAGUGCUUGGUAUCCUUUAUUGGUUAAUGCCAUUAACUGGCUCAUUUUCGUGGGACGAAUUCGUGCGUGCCGAUCGGCUAUGAUGAAGUCGGUGAAUUGAUUAAUAUUUAUUACCUUCGUAAUGAGCCACCGUAACAGUGAACUGAAGGAUACGACGCUUUGGGCAAGCAUCCAAACCCUCGGACGAGUGUUUGUUGUGGAUUUUCAUUUUUUCUCUCCUGCUAUUUUUUGUGAGUGUUGGAAAGGUAACUUCCCCACUACCAUACGUAACUCAAUUAGGGGUGACGAAAAAAAACCCAUGAAAUCCCGGAUAGUUCCUGGAAAUCUGGAACUUGUUAUGCGUGAACGCGGAAAAGAUCCGUGUGUCCCACAAAACGUGGAAUAGCAAAUGAAUUGUGCGUUAAAGUGGAGCUCGCAAACUGCAGCAGAAACGGAAUGAAGAAAAUAAUCGGUGGCCGAUUACAUAAAUAAAUAUCAUUUGCAUAUAUUUUAGGGGCCCUUGCGCGGAACGCGUGUUUGGUAACCCUGGUGAGGUGAAAAUAAUGCGCAAGGACAACACGUGCAGGUGAAAACUAUUCUCAACAAACUCUAAUGACGCUGAUGGUAAUUGAAUGGCCACUGAGGGUUGGAAAAAAGGCUCGGAGAAACGGCGAUGGUAAUAGUAGAUGGCAAUAUCCUUUACCAAAAAAUGAAAAAAAUAUUGUAUAGCGCUGGAAAGUGAAACCGUUCCGAGACGAUUCUUCCUAUACUACCGAAUGAUAGGAUAAAAUUAGAAAAAAAAACUGAAUUCUAGAUUUCUUCUAAGCCACACUUAUUACUUCUUUAAAGUGAUUGUACAUGAAGAUGGAAAGUUAAAGUUGUGGAGUGCAAGUAACGACGUAG